AUGGUUGUUGAAACGGAAGCCAAAAAGAUUACCACUGGGGCUAGCGGCGAUCCGAAAACUCCGAUGAUUGAUUCUAGAUGGAAUUCGAGGUUAAACCCAGAAACCACCGAGCUCCGGUCACGGAGAAGGAGAGAGAAACAGAUAAUCCAAUCAAAUCUACAUUCUCCUUUACUUGAAAGAGAAAAAUCACAUAUUAAUUUCAAAAUCUCCGGUUCACCACCCAAAAAAGAAAUCGAGAAUGAAAAGGCCAACGCGAAGAAGAAGACGAUGUCACCGCCUAAUAACAUCUCCACGUCAGCAAAGCUACGGAGGUCGUUUUCACCAUCGAGGUUGGAGAUUAGAUUGCCUUCGCCGUUGAUGCUUAGGAAACCACUGAUUUGCAUAUCUCCAACCAGAUCCAGGGUGGCUACCUUGUAA